AUGGACUCUCAACAGCUCCCCUCCUACAGCCCACCGUUGACGAAGCCGUCGCCACCACCUUGCCCUAAAGCUGUCCGCUCGACUCGACAUAUUUCGAGCGACCUUCUAAGCUCAAUUACACUGGAUCGUAUCCUGAAAGAAGAAACCAGAUCUCCUGUUACGAAAAAUGACUUGCUGCGAUGGCUAGAGUGCCGAGUACGGAAGGCGAUCUCAAGCGGCGACCAAGAGGAGGCAAGAGAGGCGGAAUUGGGGUGGUGGGUCGUAGAGUUUUUGUCAGAAGUCGAGAUGUACAAGGAAUCGUUCAACGCUCUUCCUGCCGAGAAGGCUUCUCUGGCGCCACCUCCAUUCCAAGUCAUCUCUCAGAUUGCCCUCACCAACUCGGAGAUCAUGCGGCCUCCUCCCACUCGCAGGCAGAAAGGAGCAGCUUCCCUUGGUCAGGAUCACGAGCUGAAUCCGUUCAAGACACACAACGUAGGGCACGAGAGGGACAAGUCGUCGAUCGAGUCGUUUGAGACUUGGUCGUCUGAUUCGAGCAUCCCCCGUAAGCGUCUUGAAAGGUCUCCUUCAAAUGCUACUACCAUCGAGAAUACGCCCAGCUUGGAACCUGUGACGCUUGAAUUGAAUCGACCAGAGCUCGCUUCCCCGAGGAGAGUUCUCCCUAAACCCCACAAUCCGCGUUCCCCUUCUGCCGCUUCGGCCUCUUCCACUCUUGGUAUCAGCGGCUUGAGCAUGGCUGCGAGCUAUGCAACCGGGAGUGGUCGAAGCACAGCCGGCGGGCUUGCGAGGCAGGCCUUUACUGCCGGAGGACUCAGUGAUCCGAGCAGCUACCAGAGAGAGAUGGACAGGGACAGGAGAGACACCAUGGCGCCGCAAGCGCAAGACCCGCUUGCUCCUCCGCCUCCUUUCGAGGCUACGGGCUUGGGCUCUUUCAGGAAUGGGCUCAGCCAGCGAAGACCUACCGAGAACAUGCUCUCGAGACCGCUUUCGCCCAUACCCUCUCCUUCCUUAAGCCAGAAGCCGUUGUCGCCUUGCCCCUCGAUAGUCUCGAUGGCGUUGCCUGCAGGCCUUGACCCUGGUGUACAGCCCUUGCGCCAGCGACUAGCCAGCCUCACGGAGCUCUACCUUCUGCCAUACUCGUCUCGCUCUGUCGUGCCCCUCAUACCACCUCGUUUACUGGCGACCUUUGUCUCCGAGUCGUCCUUGACUACCCAUCCAGAGACGAUAGGCCCAACGGUGACGGUGCUUUACGAAAUGUUUUCGGUGAACCCCCGCCUACUCCCUGCUUUCCUGAAUGCCAGCGCACAGAACCUGCAUAGGAAUACGGCAAUGGGCAGGCUCCUGGUAGGCUUUGCUUGCUGCGUGGUCGUCAUAGCAAUAGGCAUAUGUCUCAUACUUGACCCGAGCCCCUUCAACCCGCAUGGUCCCGUAGACAGAGUAUGGAGGUUGACGAUAAUACCUCUCCUUCUAGGCGGAGUCGGUUAUGGUAUGGGGGCAAGAGCUUCACUCUGCUUUUGGCUGGCGUUCUUUGGUGUCACCGAAGAGACAUACUCGCCUUCACACCCUCCCCUGUCCCCUUCCCAAGCGCUCAACUUACUAUCAUCUGCUUUCAUGAGCCAUCUUCCUUGCGGGUUUUUCAGAAAGACGCAGCGUAAGAUCGAGCCUGUUUCCGAGAGAAGAACCAGCAGAAAGCUCAAGAAGAGAAAUGUAUCCACGCUCAAGGAUGGCAACCCGUUUGGUCCAGGUGACGCCGCCGUGGCAGGGUUUGGCUUGGACAUGGUGUCCAUGUCCCGCUCACGUUCAGGUAGCAACCCGACUCCUGCUACGCAUAUUCUUGCCUCGUCGGGGUCUACCAGCUAUGAACAAUACAGCAUUUGGGUCCUCCUAUGGCGUCUGACGGGGACGGCCUGGGGAGUCAAGAAGGUUGAGGACCCUUUUCUUCGAAAGUACCAGAGAAGGGAGGCGUGGAAGAUUGCAGGGCAGUUGGUGCUGGCUCUGAUAUUCAUUGGGGCAGCCUUCUUCUUUGUCCCGUAUAUACCUUUGUCUCAUAAGUGA